CACUUGACCGUGGUCAAGGCACUGACGUCGCGUUUCAUUCACAGUAUUCCACUACUAUCUGUUUUUCCAGAUUCUACUUUAGCUAGCUUUUUAACCAAUAAGUUAGCAGUUUGUUUACCUGCCAGUUCAUUAACGUUAUAGCUAUAGGUACUAGAGGAUUUGGAUAAAGCUACCCCAAAAAAGAAAUGGGAGCAUUUUUGGACAAGCCAAAGAUGGAGAAGUUCAAUGCCCACGGAGAAGGAAACGGCCUACGAUAUGGCCUGAGCAGCAUGCAGGGCUGGCGGGUAGAGAUGGAGGAUACACACACGGCUGUCAUUGGCCUGCCCCAUGGCCUCAACCCCUGGUCCUUUUUUGCCGUGUAUGAUGGCCAUGCUGGCUCUCAGGUGGCCCGCUACUGCUGCGAGCACUUGCUAGAGCACAUCACCAGCAACCCAGAUUUCAGGGGUGGGGGUGCAGGACCAGGAGGUGGAGAGGAGGGGGGCAGGGCAAUUCUGGACAGGCAUGGACCCGAGCCAUCAGUGGAGAGUGUGAAGAGUGGCAUUCGCACUGGCUUCCUGCAGAUUGAUGAGCAGAUGCGAGUUAUCUCGGAGCGUAAGCAUGGUGCGGACCGCAGCGGCUCUACUGCAGUGGGAGUCAUGAUCUCACCUCGCCACAUGUACUUCAUUAAUUGUGGCGACUCGCGGGCACUCCUCAGCAGGGGAGGCCGGGUCCAUUUCUUUACGCUGGAUCACAAGCCCAGCAAUCCAUUGGAAAAGGAGCGCAUCCAGAAUGCCGGUGGCUCUGUCAUGAUUCAACGUGUUAAUGGCUCGCUAGCUGUGUCUCGGGCCCUUGGUGACUUUGACUAUAAAUGUGUACAUGGCAAGGGCCCCACAGAGCAGCUUGUGUCGCCUGAGCCAGAGGUGUAUGAGAUUGAAAGAUCUGAGGCGGAGGACGAGUUUGUUGUUUUGGCGUGUGAUGGCAUCUGGGACGUGAUGGCCAAUGAGGAGCUAUGUGACUUUGUGCGUUUACGUCUAGAGGUGACAGAGGACUUGGAGAGAGUGUGCAAUGAGAUUGUUGACACAUGUUUAUACAAGGGAAGCCGGGACAACAUGAGUGUGGUGCUGGUGUGUUUCCCAGGUGCUCCCAAGAUCUCGCAAGAAGCUGUGAAGAGACAGGCAGAGCUGGAUAAGUACCUGCAGAGCAGGGUAGAAGGUGGAGCAUCUAAAAAGAAAUGAGUUAUGUUACACAUUUCAAAAGAGCGAGACACCGAUUGUUGUUGCGUAAACUUAUGGUAGUACUUAUUACUUACCAAAACAGAAACUAAAUAUAAAAGUACUCACAGAAGCCCAAUUUUAAGUGUGAAGGCACUUGAGUGUCUUUAUAGGCAACAUACUUUUUAAUAUGGUUUAUCCUGGACUUAAAUGUCCUCAAGGGAAAUUUAGCAAAUGUUAACUUUAGAAUGCUUAACAUAUAUACAUAUAUAAAAUCAUAUUCAUUGUCAAAAUGUAUUUUUUCUCACAGCUUUUCCAAUGAAGCAAGCUCAAUAUUGUAUCUUCUGGACCCGUUUUUUCAAAACAUUUCAUCUUGAUCAGAAUGAUACGGAUUCUGUAAUCCCUUAUUUUGCAUUCCAGGAUCAUAUAAAUCCAACAGAUUUUUUUGAUCAGUGUUUCUGAAAUAGGUAGGAAAGGACCAUUCUGAUCUACAUAUAAAAAUGUUAAGAAUCUAGAUGACCUGUGCUUUGAAUAUGUGUAAACCAUGCCAUCUACUGGGCAGGUUAUAUUACUACAUACAUGAACAAAGGUUCACUUUUUUAAAUAUUUUUUUUUAACCAAAUCUGUGUUUUGGAUGUACGUUAAUGUUAAAAAAGCACUGAGACACUAUAAAAUAAAUUCAUUUGGUUUUGAGAAACAUGUCCCACCAGCGAUUAUACUUCCUCAUGUUUGUUCAGCAGUUGUAGGGGCAUGAUAAAACAUGAACAAAGGCUCCAAAAACACCUAAAUACAUCCUUUUAAAAGUGACCCGUAUAGUGAUGCAGGUCUUUAGAUGUUAUACACAUGCAAUUGUGUCAUUCCGAAAUGUAUCCGCAACGUUAUAUUCCAUGUUGUGUGACUCGAGCUAUACUUUUCUGUGUGCGCAUGUGCGGGCUACACAGAGAAGUAUCGCUGGAGAAUGUAAUGUUGCGCAUAGUCACUUUACUGCUUUAAUAUUGCAGAUAUAUUGUGGUUUCUAGCAAUGUAAUUGUCUGCAUAAUUUCCAAUCCCCCAUAUAUAUUUUUUGUAAAUAUAUACAGUACCAGUCAAAAGUUUGGACACACCUACUCAUUCAAGGAUUUGUAUUUUUUUGUGCUAUUUUCUACAUUGUAGAAUAAUAGUGAAGACAUCAAAACUAUGAAAUAACACAUGGAAUCAUGUACGAACCAAAAAAGUGUUAAACUAUUCAAAAUAUAUUUUAUAUUCUUCGAAGUAGCCACCCUCUGCCUUGAUGACAGCUUUGCACACUCUUGGUAUUCUCUCAACCAACUUCAUAAGGUAGUCACCUGGAAUGCAUUUCAAUUAACAGGUGUGCCUUGUUCAUUUGUGGAAUUUCUUUCCUUCUUAAUUUCUAUUGAGCCAGUCAGUUGUGUUGUGACAAGGUAGGGGUGGUGUACAGAAGAUAGCCCUAUUUGGUAAAAUACCACAUUAUGGUAAGAACAGCUCAAAUAAGCAAAGAGAAAGGACUAUUGACUCUGACUUUUCAAACACCCAGCAGUGCUAUUUGCAGAGUUGGCUCCAAUUAAAUGUUGCAAUUUUUCUGCCAUUCCUGAACCUGCAACCAAAAACAAGCUCCAUGUGGGCAGUACCAAAAGAAGUAAUCUAAUGAUUAUGGAUGACUCUUCGCAGCAAAAUCUGCAGAGCUGCGAUUUGUGUAUCCCCCAUACAUAUAACAUUCUAUUGUUUGCAAAAUUGUUGUAUAAUAAUUUACAUUGAAAAACUAUGUUUUUAAUCUUGUGUCAUUUUGUGUAUCAGUUCAUAGACCACGUGCCAUAGAAUCGGUACAUAGAACAUCUCCUCCAAGCUAUUUUGAAACCUGUAUGGCGCAGCUGUCCAUGUUUUUUUUGUCCAUAAAUUAAACUGAUACACCCUUUUAUUUAUUAGAAUUUUCUUUAGCCAAUUUUGGUCUUUAAUGCAGGACUGACAGACAAGUUUUGUACCUUCUUCCCUUUCCAACUUGUCUCCUCCAUUUUUGGGGUAAUGCUGCAAUCAGUUGUUUGUAAUUUUGGAUAGGGCAGACAUUUACAUAUAUUGUUUGUUAACUGCAUGUGUGACAACUACACCAGUCCAAUUUAUUAUAUAAUUUACAAAGAUUAUAUAUAUAUUAUUUUUUUUCCACCCAAAUAUAUAUAUAUAUAUAUAUAUAUAUAUAUAUAUAUAUAUAUUUAAAUCAAUUAGUACAUUUUGAGUUUAACCAUAAUAUUUGUUCUAAUAUUUGGUGUGUCUUUUCUGGUGGAUUAAGCUGAAAUUUCAACCAGCUUUAUAUUGCUUGUUUUAAAAAUAGCAUUAUUUUGGAGAUUUCAUUUUCAAAUAACCGAAAGUGAGAGGUUGUAAUGUGAAUGAAGGGAAAAAGGCUGUUAUUGAACUCUGGGUGAACUAUUUCUUACUAAUCUACUAGAGAACCAGUUUGGAUAUAAAAAUAGUUUUUGUAUGACUGAAGCCUUUAGUGAGAGGUCCAAUGCUUUAAUAUUUAAUAAUUAUAAAUAGGCCUUUAAUUUUGUCUGGCUUGCCAUUCCAAGUAAAGUGGAAUACGUUUUGCUCAUAUCAUUUUAAAAACCAAGUCGUUAGGUGUGGGAGCCUUUGUUCAUGUUUUAUCAUGUCCCUGCAAUUGCUGAAUGAGCAUGAGGAAUUAUAUCGCUGGUGGCGUAAGUUUCUUAAUAACAAGUAAAUUGCAAAAAAAAGUGUCAGGGUACUUCUAUACAUGUCAUUUACAUCCAAAAUACAGAUUUGGUGAAAAAAACAAGUGAUCUUAUCCUUUAACAAUAAUAGAGCCUGCAUCACUGAACUUCUGUGACACCUAUACUGCGUUCAAUUGAACACAAUUAAAACAUUAAAUACAGACAGUAGGCUAAACUUUGGUUUUAAGAUGUAAGAAUGUUUUACAAACAUCCCCACCUUACUUACUGACCUCAUAAUAAAUGUAAUGCUGGAUGUCAUUAUGGAUGCAUGCAUUCACAUGUUUUUCCCCUCUAGCACAUAUUCAAAAGUCUCUGUACAGAUAUUUAAUUACACAGGGUAUUUACAAAUAAAUGCAAAAAGUAGCGUAUGUACGCAUUCUCAUGCGCCAAAGGCAUGUCUCAGCUAUUUUAAAAGCUGCACGGCUACUCGAUGGCAGGGAAAUUCUUGAAAUCAAAUAUUGUUCUGUAUGGUUUUCCCUGUGGCUAUCUAUUCUGAAGUCUUAAUUUUAGCCUACAUGCUGUCAUAUUAUCAUGUUAUAAAUCAUAGCAUGUCAUUUGAGGAAUGUCAAUUAAAAAUAAACUCCCAGAAGAAAAUGCUUACAAAAACAUAAUUUGGAGCUAGCUUUUUCUUACUAUGUAGUUUUGCCAUUUUUGACUAUCUUCGGGCCAAGUGCUGUUGAACUCAGGCAUACAUGUAUGUAGCUAUGAACUUUUUAACUCCCUCUUUUAAUGUCUGCCCUCUGAUGGCCAUACAUUUGCUCAAAUACUUUUAAUACAAUUGUGCUUUCAGUCUCCAGUAAUUCCAUUUAAAAGCAUGUGCCUUUAAUUCUAAAUUAAUUGUCCGAAUUUCAGUUUGGAUAAGUGUAGAGUAUACGGCGCCUUCGGAGAGUAUUCAGACCUUGAGUUUUUCCACAUUUUGUUACAUUACAGCCUUAUUCUAAAAUUGAUUUAAAAAAUCUACACACAAUACCCCAUAAUGACAAAGCGAAAACAGGUUUUUAGAAAUGUUUGCAAAUUCAUUAAAAAAACGAAACUCAUAUCUUAGUAUUCAGAACCUUUGCUCUGAGACUUGAAAUUGAGCUCAGGUGCAUCCUGUUUCCAUGAUCAUCCUUGGAGCCCAGGUGUGGUAAAUUCAAUUGAUUGGACAUGGUUUGGAAAGGCACACACCUGUCUAUAUAAGGUCCUACAUUUGACAGUGCAUGUCAGAGCAAAAACCAUGCCAUGAGGUUGAAGAAAUUGAGACCUGACAAUAGCUGUGCAGCACCGCUCCCUUUCCUACGUGACAGAAAUUGAGAUUAUCUGCAGAGAAGCAUGGGAGAAACUCCCCACAUACAGGUGUGCCAAGCUUGUUGCGUCAAUCCCAAGAAGACUCAAGGCUGUUAUCUCUGCCAAAGGUGCUUCAACAAAGUACUGAGUAAAGGGUCUGACUACUAAUGUGAAUGUGAUCAGUUUUUUAAUCUUUAAUGAAUUUGCUCAUCUGUUUUCGCUUUGUCAUUCUGGGGUAUUGUGUGGAGAUUGCUGAGGAUUUUGAUUUAUAUAAUCCAUUUUAUAAUAAGGAUGUAACGAAAUGUGGGAAAAGUCCAUGGGUCUGAGAACUUUCCAUAGGCACUCUAUAUUAGGCCAGAGAUUGCUUUAAGUGAUUUAAUAAAGAACAGCAAGCAUCAUAACAAAUAGUUGCAUUACUCUUUCAAUAGUGGGCCUUCACUUUCUUUGGUGAAGUUGGGCCUUGUUUUAAAAUGUCCUUAUUAAUGAUCUAAUAUUUUGAGCAAUAAUAAUUUGCAUUUUCACUGAAUAGCAAACACAAUUUAUUACUAAAAGGUAACACAACUUGAUGUGCCCUGUAUUUAUAUACUUUUUCACCUUAAGUUAAUUAAAUUUUUGCAAAUUUAGAACCCUUCCCUGAUGAAAGCAAGUUAUUAUUUCAGAUAAAAUACAAAAUAAAUCAAGUUCCCCUAGCGGUUUGAAUCGGCACCUCCUGGAGCAAAAAUACAAAUUCUUGCCUCUCAUACCACAUAUGCCAACCUUAGAACAAACAAAUAUUACAAUGUCUGAAAGGUUGAUCAGAGGUGUUUGGCUGUGUCUUGUCCUAUACUUCUUAUUAAGACAAUGAAUGCACUAGUGUGUCAUUCCUCUGCCUUAGUGUGGAGUAGGCUACCUUGUUCUGCAUGCAUAUGUUUGACUUAGUCAUCCAUUUUAUUUGCACAAGAAUGACAAGUUUGUCAAACACUUUUUUUUCUCUAGGUGAUAUUUCAAGAUGUUGGCAAUUAAGCCAUUUUUUUUACCCAGGGGCAACCCAUGGAUACCAUUUUUAUGUUUCUGCAUCAGAGUAUGUGAGCAGAGCGGUUGGAAAUCCCAAUCAUCGCUCACAAAGUAGUAUUUGCACACUGUGCCAGCACACAAUGUCAUUUCCCCGCUCCGUAAAACAAAAUCACUCAGCGCUCACAGAAAAAAAGAUGAUUUAGCAAACACCCCAUCUACUUUUGUAACUAUGUAACAUUUGGUUUUGAAGUAGGCUAUAUUGUAAGAAGCUUCAGCAUUUCAAUAACAUGUCGUAGGCUAUUUAACAAGGACCUACCUACCUGAUGAUAUGCGGCUGCUGUGUAAAAAAAUAAAUAAAAUAAAAAUACUUGCUUUUUCUCUAAUCUAUUGAUGAUCAGUUGUAACUGUGGCUCUGUUGUGCUCACAUUUUACAGUUGAUAGACAACUUUCUUUAACACUGUUCCAAACUUACUCUUAUUUUUUUUUAAUAAUAGCCUAUUUAAACAUCUAAAUAUCUCUGAUGCUGCUGAAUGUGCUCAUUCUUUAUCUUGCUAUCAAUUACUCAGGUAGUGUGUCCUAUUUCUUGGUUGAGUCAUAUCAACACCUCUGCUCAUUAGUGGUGGGGUAGGCUUAAUAAAUACAAUAGAAUAUGUAUUAUUAAAAGAACAGUUAUAAAGGAAAUAAAAAAUGCUGGGCAGAGCAUGCCCAGAGCUUGUUGAUGAGCGGUACCUGAGCAUUUUUUAAAUAUGCUUCGGCGAAAUUAUACACACACCGCUACUCACUCCAGUCACAUCCUCUGCUCUGCAUGCAGUUUGAAUGAAGUUGAAGGUAAUUUCUGGAGAUAUUGCAAAUUCCAGAAACUACCUUAAACUUCCUUCAAACUGCAUGCAGAGACAUACAAAUGGUAUCCAUGAGUUCAUCUGACUCUGGGUAAGUAGAAAAAGGUUUAAUUGCCAAAAUCUUGAAUUGUCCCUUUAAAAGAUUUGCAACUUUGUGUUUUUAAGAUAAAUUAAGCAAGCAUAAUGUGUCACAGAGACUGAUGCUAUAUUUCUACAUUGGUAUCUGUAUGUCUGCUGGUUUGCUUUGAAGUUAAAUCAGUGUUUCCCCUAUAUGCAUUCGUGGCCGCCACUGCAAAAAAAUAAAUACUAGAAUAUUUGUAUUUUUAUUUGAAAAUAAUUUUGGGAUGCUAGAACAUUUUCAGUGUUAACUUAAACGACCAAUGCGAGAUAUGAAGUAUGUAGAAAAUAUAAUGGAGCAAUAUACAGUAAUUGUACAGAACAUGCUCUUUCCACUGACGAGGCAAUUGAGACAUGGAUUGUGUGUGUGCCAUUCAGAGGGUAAAUAGGCAAGACAAAAUAUGUAAGUGCUUUUGAACAUGGUAUGGUAAUAGGUG